AUGCACUUCAAGGCCACCUGGUCCCGGAGGUUCGACCGCUCGGACACCACCCGCAGCGAGUUCCACCGCCUCGACGGCACGUCCGUGCGGGCGCCGUUCCUCUCCGCCCCCGGGAUGCAGUACGCCACCAGCUUCGACGACCUCGGCUUCAAGGUCCUCCAGUGCUUCUACAAGAUGGCGGGGCGCGACGGCAAGCUGGACCCCAAGGCGCCGCUCUUCUCCAUGCUCAUAUUCCUCCCGCACCGGCGCGACGGGCUCCGGGACCUCCUGCGGCUGGCGGUCACCGAGCCGGACUUCGUCAUGCGCUGCGCUCCCCGGCGCGAGCAGGUGGUCAACCCGUGCCUGCUUCCCAAGUUCAAGUUCUCCUUCCGGUUCGACGCCACGGACGCGCUGCGCGGCCUCGGGCUCGCCGCACCGUUCGACCCGCUGGCCGCCGACCUGUCGGGGGCGGUGUCGAGCAUGCCCCCGGAAGGGCUCUACGUGUCGGCCGUCGAGCAGGUGUGCGCCGUGGAGGUGGACGAGGAAGGGACGACGGCGGUAGCAUCGUUUUACGCACCUACGAACCCGACCUAUAGCCCGUUUGAGCGGCCGCCGCCCCCGCCAAUGAGCUUCGUGGCGGACCACCCUUUCUUGUUCGCCAUCAUCGAGUACGGCAAGGGCGAGGUUUUGUUCCUUGGCCACGUCGUGGACCCUUCCAGUUGA